AAAUAAAUUCAAAUUAAAUUAAAUUUCAUUAAGAAUUUGGCAAAACUGCCAGUCAUUCACAAAAUGAAAAAUCAUAAUUUUGCUUAAAACACACACCCGUGGAUAGUACAUUUAUAUAAAAAAGAAACAUUUCUGCACCUGUAUGUGUAUAAAAGAUUCUUAUAAAUAUAUCAAGUUUUAUUUCAUUUGGAUUUUUGUUUAGUCACAACACAAUUCCCAUUACAUUUGUGUCCUAAUUUAGUAUGUAAUAUUUCAUGUAGUGUGUAAUUUUUAUGUAAGUGUAAUAUUUUUCCUUCAGUAAUUUUAUCAUUUUUACAGUAAUAUUAUAAGAUGUGGAAAAAUGAAGAUGUUAAAUGAGUUAAACUUCUGAACAGUAGCCUAUUGCGAAAGACUGUUUAGGAAGUCUAUGAUAUAAAUGGAUGUUCAACUAAGUUGUUCUUUACGUCAGAACAAGAGCUUCCUUGACGCUCUCUCGCGAGCAGAAGAUGAACUUGAACUUGGGCGGUCACUAACCGGUCUGUGAUGUCAUUUCAGGAGGGAAUUCUCUGUCAGACAGCCCUUUACAAAACUAUUAUCUCCAGAGCUGGAGUCAGUCAGAGCUACACUGUUAACACACACAGGAGAUCUCUAAAACCCAAAUGUCUUUCUACUCACCCUCAGGCUCGCGCUGCGUCAGUCCCACCGUCAGUGGCGUCCGGUUCGACACCGCGCACCGCAAGAAAGCGUCGGCAAACAUCUUCGAGAACAUCAACCGGGACUUGCUCGUUAAACUCUUUGAGAAAGCUGGAGACACGAAGGCGGUCGAGAGAGCAAAGGUCAUUCUCACACAUUACCAGGACCCCGAGUGCAUCUCCAAAGCGCUCUUGACUCUUCAACCGGAUAAAAAAGACAGAUUUAUGCUUAUUACAGGACUGACGCGCCAGUCGUUUACAUUUCGCUGAGGGUUGAAAGCGUGCAGGUGCGCGCACUGAGAAAGAGGCCGUGGCCGUGCUCGUGCUCGUACAUCCAGACACUUGGAGGUUGAUGUUCUGAUGCUUGUGGUGGCUUUAUUCACCUAAACCCCGUCUGUAUUGUGUGAACAUACAGAGAGAAGUGACUGAACUGUGGGUGGAGAAAUGCCAAGUGGAGUGUUGAUGCUUUUUGAAACCUGGAGAACAUUUGAAACAGACUGAAGCAGUGGAUGCGAUUAUCAAGGAAUGUAGAAAUAGCCUACCAAUGAUGCAAUCUUGAAAUUGUUUUGGGAAGCAAUGCUUUAAUAUAUUUGAUUUUUCAGAGUUUCAGAUUACACACAUUUUGUAAUAAUAUUAAAAUUCUAUCAUACUUUCA